ACUUUGAAAAAAGUGAGGGAGGGAGGGGGUGAGGGAGUGGGGAGGAGAAGAGAGGUCUAGCGUUCCCCCAUUGACUGAGCAGCCAACUUCGGGUUUACGGAUCUUUGGUUUCCUAAAAUGGGGUUCGUUCAAUGUUGUCCUGCACACUGAUUUCGUGAAUUUUGUGAAUAAAGAAAACUAUGGAAAGAAGCUCCUAAAAAAAGUGGAUAAAGACGUGGUUUGAACACGGGAGGUGGAAUAGAAGAGAGAAGAUACAGGUUCAUUCCGGCUGACCCAUCUGUGUGCCAGAAGAACGCAGAUAGAGAGAUUGGAAAUUGUCGAACCCCCAGCGGGACGGUCGCGAGUUCAGCCACCGAACUUCCAAAAGUCCCAAAGCCCUGAGGAUCAAGUCAACAAACUGAUGCAGACUUCAUCAACUUUUCAUCGAAGGGCGUAAAGGCUGCUGGCUGUCUUGUCCUGCCCUGUAACCUAGCAGAGCCCCAAUGCCAGUGGACAUGCAGCCACAUCAGAGGCUGUAUCAUUAUGAGUCUACACCCAACCAGCCGCCCAGAGGUCUUACUCCAUCAGGAAGGUCACCCUACAGUGAUGUGUCAUCGCUCCGCGCUCCACUCCACAACGGCCAGCCUCUUGACUGCAGGAACAUGUACAACCCUAUGACCCCUAACCCCAUGACCCCAAACCCCAGGACUAACCCUAACUCUGGGGUCAACCCCAUGGACCAGUACAUGCGGCCCCCUCUGGCCCCCCCACUGCACAGCAUGAUGGGACACCGCGGCAUGAAUCAGUCCUCCGAUGGUGUUAACAGCUCCCCCUACUGUCAGAACAACCUCAUGUCAUCCCACUAUGGCUUCCCCCACGGACACGGAUCAGACCACAUGGGAGGCGGUUCGCGGUUCUCCACGCCUCGCUCCAUGCUGAAGCUGAGUAAGAAGCGUGCUCUGUCCAUCUCUCCUCUGUCGGACGCCAGCAUGGACCUCCACACGGUCAUCAGGACCUCUCCUAACUCACUGGUGGCAUUUGUCAACUCACGCUGUGGACCCAAUGGAGGCUCCUCCUACGGACAUCUGUCUGUUGGUGCCAUGAGUCCGUCUAUGGGUCUCUCCAACUCCAUGAACUACCAGUCCAGACAACAGGGCUCAAUGUACGGCGGACACACCCCAGGACCCUGCCACGCACCUCCCACCAGAAUACCCCCACACAACCCUCGACUACACACACCCAAACAUGGACACCUGAAGACAGAACCUGGACUGGGCAGUGUGAUGGAUGGGAUCAGUAUUAAAUGUCUGGACGAGAGGUCCGAGGGAGACCUGGCCAGCCCUUCUUCCAAUGGCACACAGGAUCCUCUGCUGGGUCUGCUGGACUGCCGGGAGGAUCUGGAUAGGGAGGAGAAACCGGAGCCAGAGGUAAUCUACGAGACAAACUGCCACUGGGAGAGCUGCAGCAAGGAGUUUGACACGCAGGAGCAGCUAGUGCACCACAUCAACAAUGAGCACAUCCACGGAGAGAAGAAGGAGUUUGUGUGCCACUGGCAGGAGUGUUCCAGGGAGCAGAGACCUUUCAAAGCCCAGUACAUGCUGGUGGUUCACAUGCGCAGGCACACAGGAGAGAAACCACAUAAGUGUACUUUUGAGGGCUGUAAUAAGGCCUACUCUCGUCUGGAGAACCUGAAGACCCACCUGAGGUCUCAUACUGGGGAGAAACCAUACGUCUGUGAACAUGAGGGCUGCAACAAAGCCUUUUCCAAUGCCUCAGACAGAGCCAAGCAUCAGAACCGCACACAUUCCAACGAGAAGCCUUACGUGUGUAAGAUCUCUGGGUGUACGAAGCGCUACACAGACCCCAGCUCUCUGCGGAAGCACGUGAAGACUGUCCAUGGCCCUGAGGCUCACAUCACCAAGAAGCAUAGAGGAGACACUGGGCCCCGGCCUCCUGGCUCAUCACUGACCUCUGGUGGACAGCGUGGUGAACUGCUGCUGGAGAAAGAGGAGACUGGACACAGGGAGGACUGCAAACUGCUGGCACCUGAGAGCACUCUGAAGUCUCAGCCCAGCCCGGGUGGCCAGUCUUCCUGCAGUAGCGAGCGCUCUCCACUGGGGAGCGCCAACAACAACGACAGCGGUGUGGAGAUGAACCUGAAUGCAGCUGGCAGUCUGGAGGACCUGACCGCUCUGGAGGACGGAGGGGCAGGAGGAGGCUGCGAGGCAGGGGGCUCAGGGGCAGGGAUGGGGGGCAUGUCAGCACAUGCCCUGAAGAGACUAGAGAACCUGAAGAUAGAGAAGCUGAAACAGAUCAGAAGGCCAACUCCACCCGGACGCUGUGGUGGGGGGAACAAGCUGCCUGCACUCACAGGGGAGAUGAUGGGAGGGAUGUGUUCUCCCUCGGCCCUCCUCUCCAACCGCCGAGUCAUGGAACUGUCCAAUCACGAGCUGGGGGGUGGAUCCUCUGGCAUGGUCUGUCCUAUCAGUGACCGGAGGGGGAGUGGCACCAGCAGCAUGAGCUCGGCCUACACAGUGAGCCGUCGUUCUUCCAUGGUUUCCCCCUACCUCUCCAGCCGGCGCUCCAGCGACGUCUCCCAGCUAGGAGGAGGAGCAGGGUUCCUGGGUUCUGACCAGGGAGGAGGUGACCCCGUCCCCCCUGAGACCAGCUGCAGAGGAGGACCCUGCCGUGGUGUAGGUGGCGCAGGAGGAGGGUUACCAGAAAUGUCUAGUCUAACGCCAGCCCAGCAGUACAGCCUGAAGGCUAAGUAUGCAGCAGCCACUGGCGGCCCACCCCCCACUCCACUACCCAGUAUGGAGCAGGGACCAGGAACGGCGAGGAGAAGAGGAGGCUUCCUCAGCGAGUACCAGGGUCAGCCGCUGCCAGCGUUCCUGCAGUAUGGCGGUCCCAGGAGACAAAGUGCCAACACGGGAGAGUAUGGCACUGGGGUCAUCUACCCCCACCAAGCCCCAGGGAAUGCCACCCGGCGCUCCAGUGACCCCGUCCGCUCCACUGGCAACCCCCAUGCCCUUCCCAAGGUGCAACGCUUCAAUAGCCUGAACAACCUAGCCAUGAUGGGCCGGAGGAACGCCCUGCAGCAUUGUGGGUCAGACGCCAACAUCACCCGCCAUAUGUUAUCUCCGCGGCCACCCAGCAUCACCGAGAACGUCAUGAUGGAGGCCAUGGCCAUGGACGCACAUGGUGGAACCGUGGAUGCCAGGGACCAUGGCAUGAUGCUUCCCCCAGGAGAGAGAGGCUUCCUGGGCUACCAGAACCACCACAUGGGGGGUCCCUCCAGCCAGUUAUCACCCAGCCACGACAGCCUGGGCUGCCCAGAGCAGGGCUAUCAGCGAGCGACAGAGACGUCCAUGCAGGGUGUGCACUACCAGGGUACUACCAGGGGACCAGGCCAGGGCCAGAUGGGGCAAGGGGGACCCAUCCACCCAGAGGAGAUGUCUAGCACCUUGCUACAGCAGGCUGAGUACAGCAUGAGUACCUGCCAGCUCAGCCCCUCUGAACCACACUACCCCCACCUGGGCCAAGCAGGGCCCGAUGGAGGUGCAGGGCCCUGGGAGGAGAGCAGUCAGGUCCAGACCCCUCAUGGAACCCUCCAGACAGGGAUGCAGUACCAGGACCAGGGCUCUAUGCAGGGCCAAGCCCAGACACAGGGUCUCUACAGCAGCCAGCAGAGUCUGUACACCCAAGGCCCAGAUGGAGGCCACCAGAAUCUGAACAUCAAACCAGAGCAGCAGCAGUAUCAUCCAGCCCUUGCCAACCCAGACGCCUGCCAAAAGCAGCUCCACCAACACCAACAACAGCAGAGGCCCCACCCAGGGCAGACACCUAUGCCCAUGGGACCCAUGUCCCCUCAGAGUUACCCCCAGCAGGGGCAACCUGGCCAAGGCAUGAUGAGGACUACUAACCCCUCCUGUAACUUCCAUGGUGGAGGGAUGGAGAACCAGAACCAGGCCUCCAUGCAACAGGGGCAGCAGCAAAUCGGGGGCCUCAUCGUGGGGUCAGCUGGUCUGGGGCCUGGGGGCCGGUCUCAGACACCAAUGAUGCAUGUGAAGGAGAUGAUGGUGAGGAACUAUGUGCAGUCCCAGCAGGCUCUGUUGUGGGGUCAGGAGCAGGACCAGAGUGGGAUAGCAGCAGAGGGAAAACCCCUUCCUCUGUCAGACAGCAUGGACAUGACAGGACAACAGGUGGCCAUGAUGCAGCAGCAGCAGCCUAGUCCCCAGCAUCACCAACACCAGCCUCAGCAACAACACCAACAAAACCUCUACCCCAACCCAGACUCCAGCUUCCCAGGUUAUUCCACCAACCAGAACCUGAUGAUCCCACCAGGCCAUAGCCGAGGAGGCCCCGGCUCCGGCUCCUCCAUCCCACCUAAUGAGGUCCCCAUGAUGAGCCUGCCUGGACGGCCAGGGUCCUGCUACAGCCAGGAAAUGGGAGUCCCUGUGGUUCCUAGACCACCCCAGGGCCGGAAGCCUCUCAUCAGGCAGAAUAGCCUCCAGUCCCUGCCAGGAGGAGGGUACCUGGGCAGUCCUCCACACCUCAGCCCAGUCCAGUCUACCUCCAGCCCAAGGAGAGCAGUCCGACUGCCCCCUGUCCAGGGCCCUCAGACCCAUCAGGAGAUCUUCUCUCCCUCCAACAAUAGCAACAUGUAUUACUCGGGUCAGAUCCACAUGCAGCACCUUGACAUGGACAAGCAGCAGAUCCAAAUCCAACGGAUCACCCAUCCUCACCAGGACCCAACCCAGACCGGGCCCUGCCUCAACCAGCACCAGGGGCACCUGGUAACCCAUAUGGACCAUCAGAGGAACAAGUCUGCCCCGCUGGGCUACCCCCAUGAGUCCACCCCCAUCUCCAAUGCUCUGGAGAACGUGGAUCUGGAUAAUGCCCAGAUAGACUUUACCUCCAUCAUUGAUGACCCAGACCCCUCGUCCUUCAGCCCCGUCAACCCACCUCUCCAUGGAGGUUCAUCCCAGACCUCGUCCCGUCUCACCACCCCACAGACCUCCACCACCCUGCCCUCCUCUGUGCUCCCCAACAUGGCUGUAGGGGACAUGACCUCCAUGCUCACCUCUCUGGCUGAUGAGAACAAGUACCUGAAUACCCUGUCUUAGAACCCGAACACACUCAUAAAGUUGAUUAGAGGGGCUCAUCCCUCUGUCUUAAGAGACUAAGUAACUGAAGAUAUUGUCGUAGUACAAGUACCUAGACUGUCCUAGAGUGGACCCUAGGGCCACAGCCCGUUGGUGUUAGCUUACCUCUUAACAUAAAGUUACAGGAAAUGACUGUGUAGAGUAAAGGUACUGAAAAUAUGUCUCCUUUCUCUUGGCCUCACACAGAUAUGUUCUGUCCCUGGCCAGGAUGGACAGAUACAUAGUAGCUACUCCUUAGAGGACUUUAAACCAAACCAAAGGUGCCUACUGAUCUUGAUCACUGUGUUCUCUUGUCUCACGAGAAGAUGACUGACUUUGGAAUUGCUUGGUACAAUACUGUUGCUCGGUACAAUACUGUUGCUUGGUACAAUACUGUUGCUCGGUACAAUACUGUUGCUUGGUACAAUACUGUUGCUCGGUACAAUACUGUUGCUUGGUACAAUACUGUUGCUCGGAACAAUACUGUUGCUCGGAACAAAACUGUUGCUUGGAACAAAACUUUUGUUUGGUACAAAACCGUUGCUUGACACAGAACUGUUUGCCUGAAAUGACUGUCAUCACCAUAACAACGUCAACGCCAUAACGACAUCACCACCGUAAGGACAUCAUCACCGUAAUGAUUGUCAUUUCAGUCAUAGAGGUUCUUUAGGGCAACAGAGAGGGUACUGCGAUGUAAAUAAGUUAGACAUGUAUAUGCUGUGUAUAUGACAAUGUUGACAGUGACAGUGAUGGAACUCUAAUGUCUGUGUCGUGGACUGCUUGUGGAAUUCCAGGGCCUAACUCUUCUGUAAUGACAACUGAGGAAAACAGAGCUGCUCCAAGGAAGAAUGUAAAACAAUGACUCAUAGACACCUGACUGCUUUGAAGAUUCAUCUGUAUUCCCAGGGACACACUCCUGUCAGGGACACACUCCUGUCAGGGACACACUCCUGUCAGGGACACACACACGAUAGUGAUGACACACAUAAUGAUGACACACACACAUAGUGAUGACACACACACAUAGUGAUGACACACACACGAU